UGGGCUGUCAGCUGCUUGGGAAGCGGCUUUAUAGAUGGCUUUGAGACGACACUUCCGCUCAGGACGUUGGUAUGAUGGGAAAUGUAGGCCACGGAUCUCAUAAUUAUGAACAUUUUGGAAUUUGUUUCCCCUGCCAUAACAAUUAACAAUUUAAAAGAAAAGAAAAUAUUAUAUAAUUUGAAUAUAGAAUAGUUCUCAAAUUGUUGCCUAUCUGGAAGCUGAAUCUCAUAAACAGGGUCAAAUUUUGAUCUGUGUGUAGGCCUAUUUAUUGAAUCCCGUUAGACCCAUGUUUAGACCUUAUUCUAUCAUACAAAAUAGUCUAGGGUUUAGCAAAAGAGUUUGAUUUAGGAAACUAGUCUCUACUAUAUAUUCCUGGCCAAAAUAGUUUCUAACAUAAAAUAAAUUAAUUACCCAAACAUAUUUCGGGCAUUCUGAUUUUCUAGUUUAAUAACCUUUCACUCUAUCGGUUUCAAAAAGAAAUCCUCAAAAUCUAGUUUUAUACUACGUCUAGAAUGCUAUUGCCUACGUCUAUUGCUAUUACUGAUCAGGAGUAGGUCUACGCUUCACAUUUUUCCCCCUCUUGCCAGCCCUUUUAAGUACCUUGGACAACUCUGCCCUGAACGUAGUAAGGAAUCGUGUAUUACGCAAACUGCGUAAGACCAUCGAGGGAGAAGCAGAUGCUGCAUUGAAUUUUGAGGCCUGUAUCUUAGCUCAUGUUCCUUUGUGUUUCAAUACGUUCUUACUGGAACAUCACUUUAUAGAUUAACGUGGUAGGUCUUUCUGUUAAAAGAAAGGAAGGAUGCUGCGUUCGAGGCUUCUUUGUAUCCAGUGGCUGCUUGUGAUGGCGACACAACAUCAGCGUAACUAGGCUCUUGCCCUUGUUUUAAUUGUCCAAACCGUGUUGUUAUUUACAGUGAAGCAUCUGUAUGUUGCUUUGUACAAUGUUGACGCGUAACACGACGCACUGGUGUUAUUUUAUAGCUUGACUUGGAUCAGGUUUCACAUGAUGGCCAGGCAGAUGCCGUACACCUCACUGGGUCUGGUAAACAGCAUGGCCAGCACACAUUCCUGGGGGUCUAAAUAUAUCUAUUAGGCCACAGAAGGGGAGGACUGCUGUACCCCUUUCUAUCCAGGGACUUCACUGACUGGGUUAAGUCGCACCAGCUAACGCUCGAAGAUUGUUCAGUACAAGUUUUCUCCCGAACGCAAAAUGCCCGCUAAAGCAAGAUCUAAAGCGCGUGAAAGGAACAAUGUACUGAAUAGAGCUGAGUUUAUGUCCCUUAACCAGCCCGUGCGCGGAGGGCAGCCGGAGAGGGGAGGUAGCACACGGAGACCUCCAUUCAAGCACCAAACAAGCCAGCCUGGUGAGGAGCCACCCGAGGGUUCUAGUAAGGACAAAAAAGAGCCUGGCAAACUGCCGGAGGAAGACUGUAUGCAGCUCAACCCCUCAUUCAAAGGCAUUGCGAUGAACUCUCUGCUUGCCAUUGAUAUCUGCCUGUCCAAACGCAUGGGGGUGUGUGCCAACACGUCUUCGUCCUGGGGAGGAUGCAGAUCUAUGGUCAACCUUUUGGCUCUCACUGGUCACGGAAUCACGUGGAUUAUUGGCACUAUCGUGUGUCUGACAAGGAGCAACACAUUGGCCGGACAAGAGGUCCUGGUCAAUCUGCUUUUGGCCCUUCUCCUGGACGUGAUGACAGUAGCUGGGGUUCAGAGACUGGUAAAGCGGAAAGGACCGUGGGAGAUGGCCCCUGGUUUCCUUGACUGUGUUGCCAUGGACAUAUACUCUUUUCCUGCUGCUCAUGCCAGCCGGGCUGCCAUGGUGUCUAAGUUUCUUCUGUCUCAUCUGGUGCUGGCUGUGCCCCUUCGCAUCCUUCUAGUGCUAUGGGCCUUUUUGGUGGGCCUGUCCCGAGUGCUUCUAGGUAGACAUCACCUCACUGACAUGGUGUGUGGGUUUGCAUUAGGCCUGCUCCAUUUUAGCCUGAUGGAAACUGUGUGGCUGUCAUCAAGCACCUGUCAGACCCUUAUUUCUAUCAGCACACUGAGCUGGAGUCCCUUUUCCUGAGCUCCUACUUCAUAAGUCUUUACACUGCCUGAUAUUUUGCUGGUUGCAACAGAUGCCUACGUUGCAUGUAUAUCAUUGAUAAUACAUACAGCAGCUAUACACUCUGGCAAACGAUACAAAUUGGCAAAGCAAGGAGCCUCUAAUAAAACAGCUUGUGUUUUGAUUUCAUCAGUUUCUCAUAGACUGCUUAUUCAGAUUGUAUUGUGCCUCUUAUCCCUUUUCUUUUUUUUUCUUCUAAAACUCUUUUGCAUAAUAUUGAUAUGUAAAUGAAAGUGUGUGCAAAUACACUGCACACACAGUAGGCAAAGAUACAUUUUAUUUUUUACAUUUCAUAUUGGCAAAAUCUUUUUUUUUUUUUUCCCAGAUGGAACUUGAUGCAAGUUUGCACCAAACAUUGUGUUAUGUUUUCCUUAAAAAAAUAUAAACUAAUUAUACUGAUGCAAAUGUCUAUGCAGGUCCAUCUAUCCAGCAUUUUUCUUGCUUUUCUGAAAAAAAUAAAUGUUUGAUACAAAUUUCUUUUAUAGAUAUAAAAUUAAACUUUUGUGUCAAUAUCUACAAUGCUUUAUUUGUGUUUGUAUAGCUUUGUUUGUCUGUACAGGUUUACAUAGUUUUUUUUUCUUUUUCUAUUUAAUGCAUUAAUAAAAUUAUUGGCUAUU